AUGACAACAAUGGAAGGGGCCAGCGGGUCGAGUUUUGGAAUCGACACGAUUCUGUCUAGUGCCAGUUCGGGCAGCCCGGGCAUGAUGAACGGAGAUUUCCGCCCGCUCGGUGAGACGAGGACCGCGGAUUUUAGGAGUCAGGCCACCCCGUCUCCCUGUUCGGAGAUUGACACCGUAGGAACUGCGCCUUCUUCUCCCAUCUCGGUUACCUUGGAGCCCCCGGAGCCUCAUCUGGUCCCCGACGGGCCUCAGCAUCACCACCAUCUCCAUCACGGCCAACAGCCGCCGCCGCCGCCCGCCGCGGUCCCCACGCAAAGUUUGCAGCCUUCGCCGCCGCAGCCGCCGCAGCCCCAGCCCGCCGCCCAGCAGCUCGGCUCGGCCGCCUCGGCCCCCAGGACUUCCACGUCUUCUUUUUUAAUUAAGGACAUCUUGGGUGACAGCAAACCCCUGGCGGCGUGUGCACCCUACAGCACGAGCGUCUCCUCUCCCCACCACACCCCGAAGCAGGAGAGCAACGCGGCGCACGAGAGCUUCAGGCCAAAGCUGGAGCAGGACGAUGGCAAAACCAAACUGGACAAGCGGGAAGAUUCCCAGAGCGACAUCAAAUGCCACGGAACAAAGGAGGAAGGAGACCGGGAGAUUACAAGUAGCCGAGAGAGUCCCCCAGUGAGGGCUAAGAAGCCUCGAAAAGCCCGAACCGCUUUCUCCGACCACCAGCUCAAUCAGUUGGAGCGGAGCUUUGAGCGGCAAAAGUAUCUAAGUGUCCAGGACCGCAUGGAUCUGGCUGCUGCCCUUAACCUCACUGACACCCAGGUCAAGACCUGGUACCAAAAUCGAAGGACCAAGUGGAAGCGGCAGACGGCCGUGGGCCUGGAACUCCUGGCCGAGGCGGGGAACUACUCGGCUCUGCAGAGAAUGUUUCCGUCGCCUUAUUUCUACCACCCCAGCCUGCUGGGCAGCAUGGACAGCUCGACGGCGGCGGCCGCGGCCGCAGCCAUGUACAGCAGCAUGUACCGGACUCCGCCGGCCCCGCAUCCCCAGCUGCAGCGGCCGCUGGUGCCCCGCGUUCUCAUCCACGGCCUGGGGCCAGGGGGACAGCCAGCCCUCAAUCCUUUGUCUAACCCCAUCCCAGGCACCCCGCAUCCCCGGUGAAGAAGAAAGGAAGGCGCCGCAGUCCUCCCCCCCCACCCCCAGCCCUGACUUGGAUAGCUUCCCCACCACCUCUUCCCAGCACCAGGCCCACAGGCUCCUUCCUUGGGAGGCAGAGGAGUCAGAGACCAGAAGCUCCCCAAUGGGCCAGGGCCAGGGGCGGGGGAGAGGAGAGGGGGGCUCCCCAAAGAGGAACUAGCAACUCUGCUUUCCAUCUCCCCUCGCCCCACUGCAGAGACAGGGUUGCAGCGUCCCCCCCCCCCCCGCAGCACUGGAACUGGCGAAAGUGCCGACCCCACUCAGAGUGCGACCAGUAAGUGACAACGCCAACAGAAACAAAACCUCAAGUUCUUAGAGCAAAUGACUUUCGGGACAAGCAGGAGGGAGGGAGGGGGGAGGGCUCAGGAGGGAUGAAAGAAGGGCAUGGAGAGGAGAAAG